GGGUGAAGGAGCCUAGUCCCAGGUGUUGUUAGCCUGGUUUUUGCACACUUGGGCUCCCUUCUCUUCCUGGGGACCGGGCCUCGGGUCUCAGAGAGUGUGGACCUACAGCUGUGGACACUGGAAGGGCUAUGGACCUGCAGCCGAGGUGACAUUCCUACUGCCACCCAUAAAGAGAACAUCGUUGUAGUGCCAUCAUCACUGCCCUGCUGACUUCCAGAGGAGCUGGAGGAAGAGCCAGAAGUCCUUACAGAGGGAUUUAACCUUGGCUCUUGAGCUGGACACACUGGGAGUCCUUGGGAAUAAGACUCAGGAAUAGACCUGCACAAUGGAUUGGGGGACCCUGCACACUGUCAUCGGUGGUGUGAACAAGCACUCCACCAGCAUAGGGAAGGUGUGGAUCACAGUCAUCUUUAUUUUCCGAGUCAUGAUCCUUGUGGUGGCUGCCCAGGAAGUCUGGGGAGAUGAGCAGGAGGACUUUGUGUGCAACACUCUGCAGCCAGGGUGCAAGAAUGUAUGCUAUGACCACUUCUUCCCGGUAUCCCACAUCCGGCUCUGGGCCCUGCAGCUGAUCUUCGUGUCCACCCCAGCACUGCUGGUGGCCAUGCAUGUGGCCUACUACAGACAUGAAACUGCCCGUAAGUUUAUACGUGGGGAGAAGAGGAAUGAGUUUAAAGACCUGGAGGACAUCAAACGGCAGAAGGUGCGCAUCGAGGGUUCGCUGUGGUGGACAUACACCAGCAGCAUCUUCUUCCGCAUCAUCUUUGAGGCUGCCUUCAUGUAUGUGUUCUACUUCCUGUACAAUGGGUACCACCUGCCCUGGGUACUGAAAUGCGGCAUUGAGCCCUGCCCCAACCUUGUGGACUGCUUUAUUUCGAGACCAACCGAGAAAACGGUGUUUACUGUUUUUAUGAUUUCCGCAUCUGUGAUUUGCAUGCUGCUCAAUGUGGCCGAAUUGUGUUACCUGCUGCUAAAACUGUGUUUCAGGAGAUCCAAAAGAACACAAGCACAGAGAAACCAGACCAACCAUGCCCUGAAAGAGAGCAAGCAGAAUGAAAUAAAUGAGCUGAUCUCAGACAGUGGUCAAAACGUAAUCACAAGUUUCCCGGCUUAAGCAUU